AUGCGCAAGGCUGAUGACAAAUAUCUGACGCAUGGAUUGAAGGAAAAGAAACAAGUUGUCGUUGUCGUCUCCUCAAUGCAACCGAUGAUAUCGACAUCAAAACUCUACACUCUUAAACUGUCAGCUACAACGCAAGCCUCUUCCCCACACGACCCAGUCGCUUCUGCCCAGUUACAUUUCAUAAGCACCACCGCCAAGCCCGUCGAAGUUCUUCGAUCCGCCACAACAAAAUCCUUGAGAUGGAUCGUGGGACUUAAAGUUGAAUAUAGAAUAUGGAAUAAAGCUGAGGACAAAUAUCUGACGCAUGGAUUGAAGGAAAAGAAACAAGUUGUCGUUGUCAUCUCCACAAUGCAACCGAUGAUAUCGACAUCAAAACUCUACACUCUUAAACUGUCAACUGCAACGCAAGCCUCUUCCCCACACGACCCAGUCGCUUCUGCCCAGUUACAUUUCAUAAGCACCACCGCCAAGCCCGCCGAAGUUCUUCGAUCCGCCACAACAAAAUCCUUGAGAUGGUAA